ACAAGCAACAGUAGCUGAUUUCCAUUAUUUUUGAUUUGAGCGGGAGGAGUGGCUCAUUAAGUAGGCGUGGUCAGUAAGCUUAAUUAAGUUAUUAAUUUAAAAUGGCGGAAUAUUCAUCAGUAAAGGGAGGCUCCCUAACAUUAAAAGGAGGCAAAAGAUCAUUAUUAUUCAAAAAGAAAAAGAAAAGAAAGAAGGACAAAGAUGAAUUUGAGGAAUGGAUGAGAGAACCAGGAGCUGUAAGACAUGGGAAAUGGCGUAAGAUUCGAUUUGCCGAAGAGCUGAAGGACAGGGUUGCUUUAGAAAUGUACAAUGGUCGAUAUCUUUUGGCACUGGACACUGGGUACUUUACCAUUGGAGAAGAGAGAAAAGAAGAAGAAGGACCAGAAGAUGCUGAGAUAUUCACAUUAGUUCAACUAUCAGAGAAUAAAGUUGCCCUCAAGUCAGGGUACGGGCGUUAUUUAGGAGUAAAUAGCUCCGGAGAGGUUAUUGGUAAAGCUGAAGCUGUUGCAGCCAGAGAACAAUGGGAAGCCAUUUUCGAAGAGGAAAGAUUUGCUUUGUGUGGUUGUAAUCACAGGUUCCUCACUCUAACGUCAGACAACAGGAUAAUGGCCAUAAGCGAGAAAGCUAAAGACAAAGAAAUAAUGACAUUACGAACUGACGUCCCAGUAGUUAAAAAGGGAAAGAGUGAGUUAGAGAUAGAGGAGGAAGAUGCUCAUAAAGACAUGGAAGCAUUUGAAACUGGCUUUGUUAAAAAAUUUCAAAGUUUUCAAGACCACAAGUUAAGGAUUAACAAGACUUCCCGUGACUCACUUUACUCUUCAAUGAAGGAUGGUAAACUACACGAGGCUCUGUUAGACAGGAGAGAAAAGAUGAAAGCAGACAGAUACUGCAAAUAGCAUUGUAUUGUAUUGUAUUGUAUGUACUUUUUAUUACAAAACAAAUAAAAAUAAA